UUUAGAGACUUACAUCCUUCUCCGGUGGCCCCAGCCUCUCUUUGAACAUCAUCUCUGACUCACCUCUUUCUUCCAGGCUUCUUUUUUUUUUCCAAUAGAUUUUUGUUUUUUGUUUUUUAAUUUAAAAGAACUUUCAUUACAUUUUCUGGUAGUCUCUCAUUCCCUCAGCACUGUGGACCAGUGUCAUCCUGGACUGAGUUUAUCACCUGGCCUGUGAGAAACACCUCUGUCCCCUCUUCAUCACUAAGAACUGAGUCGUACUGUGCACUUCAGGUAUGUAUUCAGUCAGUGAAUAUGCUCGCAUGUGUAUUUGUUUUUCUUUGUUGCCACCUUGUGUUACUUUCUGCAGACUUUUUGACAUUCCCUAAAAUUCCACAUGUUAUUGUGUCCGUGUCCAGUCCGUGUGCAGACUGUUUGUAAAGUUGUUCAAACUCAGUCAAGUUGGGACACACUUAGUGGAGUGCAUGCCGGUGCCUAGAAAUAGCAUCGAGGACCUCCGCUGCAGAGCCAAAUUGGCUCUCUGGUUUAAUUUGUGUGACUAAUGAAGCAUAUCUUCGUUUUUUAAGCUGUAAUUUUCUAGUGUGCAGAAACUGAAACGAUACCGGGCUCUAGUGUCAGAGUGUGAUGACUUUGAAUGAUUUUUUAAUGCCGAUGUGGUGUUUCAUAGAAGAAAGUGUUAUGGGGAUUUAUACUGUAAUAACGAUGUGUGUGGGCUGCUUUAAUAGGCAGUCCGCACCUCGUGCAAUUUUACUUAUUUGGUCUUCCCUGUCUUCUCUUCCUCUAAGCAUUUAAUCAUCCAAGUAGUUCCUAUUUCUCUCAGUCAAAGUUAUCCUCGCUGAGGAUUGACUCUUGAGCCUCAUGCCAAGUCCGUGUCCUGAUAUUACUUUGCAACUGCAAUCUAAGCGCUGUAUCCGCUUAAAGAUAAAUAAUUUUACGCCGGUAAUAUCCGUAAGCACUGUCUCAGCAUCACAAAGUCACACAGGGGGGUGGGGACGUAGAAGGGAAAGGCUGCAAACCCCAGAGCCAGUGUGACGGAAAAGUACUGACAGGCUGACAAAUUAGAUGCGUGUAUUGGUGUCUGUGAUGGGAGCGGAAGGCGGAGGCAUGCGUAAAAUGCCACUGUUCCAGUGCCUAGACAGGCGUCUGCACAUGUAUGAAAGAGAAUGUAAAACAAUGUUGAACCAAAAAAAAAAAAAAAAAAACGCAAAACAAAACAUAAAAACAGAAAGAGAAAAAAGGCAGCAAGAAGUCUGCUCUCUGUCAGCUGAACCUGCUGCAUUUAGCUCACGGCAAAGCGCUGAUAUAUCGUGAGAUGCCCGACCUGCAGUAAAUCUGCUGCUACUCAACCACUGAAGACGGGGGACAACAUCUGUCCACCAUCUUCAUCAGUGCUGCCGAGUGUUAUGGACACAAAAGUAGUUCAAGAUGGCUCUCAAUAUACCAGGUCUGGUGGUGAUGGCGCUGUUUUACCUGCUCAUCUUGGGCACGGGCAUCUGGGCGUCCUUGCGUUCCAAAAAGGAGGAGAAAAAAUGCACAGGAGACGGCAUGGAGAUAACACUACUGGCUGGACGCAAUAUCAACUUACUAGUUGGUAUCUUCACACUUACUGCUACAUGGGUUGGUGGAGGCUUCAUCCUGGGUAUAGCUGAAGCAACAUACAACCCAACGCUAGGUGCAGUUUGGGCACUCAUGCCUGUGCCCUAUGUCCUGACCUUCUUCUUAGGUGGCUUUUUCUUUGCCAAGCCAAUGAGAGAAAACAAGUACGUGACAAUGAUGGAUCCUUUCCAAAAGAAGUAUGGGAAUGUCCUUGCAAGUGCACUGAUCUUUCCUGCACUGGUUGCAGACGUGCUGUGGGUGGCACGCACACUUGUCAGCCUGGGUGGAACCAUGAGCGUGAUCCUGGACCUGCCCUAUGUCUACUCCAUCAUCAUCUCCUCAGUGGUGGCCAUAGUCUACACACUGCUGGGGGGGCUUUACUCUGUGGCUUACACAGACGUCAUCCAGCUGAUCCUCAUCUUCAUCAGCCUGUGGGUGUGCGUCCCUUUCAUGAUGACCAACCCUCACUCUGUGGACAUCUCGCUGACAGCAUACAACACAACUUUCCAGGCUCCUUGGGUCGGCACCGUGGAGCUCGAUGAGGCGGGCAAGUGGUUCGAUGACUUCAUGCUGCUGGCUCUGGGCGGUUUGGCCUACCAGGCGUUCUACCAAAGGAUCCUGUCCUCCUCAUCUUACACCCAGGCUCAAGUGACCUGCUUCGCCUCUUCAGCCUGCUGCCUGGUGCUCGGUAUCCCCUCAGUCCUGAUCGGGGCUGUGGCUGCAUCUACAGAUUGGAACUCAACCUCUUAUGGACUGCCCACCCCGUACGAGCGCGACCAGGCAGGAUCCAUCCUCCCCAUCGCUCUGCAGUACCUCACACCCCCCUACAUCUCUGUCAUUGGCAUUGGGGCUGUAGCUGCCGCCGUCAUGUCCUCCAUGGACUCGGCCCUGCUGUCCUCUGCCUCAUUGUUCUCCUCAAAUAUCUACAAGAACAUCAUCAGGAAGCAGGCUUCAGACUGUGAGAUGCAGUGGGUCAUCCGUAUCUCCGUGGUGGUCGUGGGUCUGGCUGGCACCGGCCUCACCUUCCUGGACAGUAGCGUCCUGGUGUUCUGGCUUGUCGGCGUGGACAUGUCCUACACCAUAAUGUUCCCUCAGCUGGUCUGCAUCCUCUUCUUCAAGGUCUCGAACGGUUACGGCGCCAUCGUGGGCUACAUAAUGGGGCUCGUCAUGAGGGUCCUGAGCGGCGAGCCCCUCAUCGGCCUCCCACCAGCCAUCCAGUUCCCUGGCUGCCGGCUGGACAAGGAGGGAAAGUUAACCCAGUACUUUCCCUUCCGUACCGCCAUCAUGCUCAUUUCUCUAAUGUCUAUUCUCCUUGUUUCAUUGUUGGCGUCCAUCAUUUUCAACAAAGGCCUGCUGCCGGAGAAGUGGGAUGUGUUCAAUGUCAAGCGCAGGCAGAGAGCAGCAGCCAAGGUCGCGGACGUUAAGAGGACCAACUCUGGAAAAGAAGAGGCUGCCGUGGCCAAGCAGCUGCUGGACACCACCAGCUGCUGAGAAGUCUCACAACGAGGGGGAGAAAGGGUGGGCGCCGGCCGGAGGCAAGUUUGUGUGCCGGCUGGGCACGAUUUCACAGAGGGGGAACAGCAGCAAAGGCUGGAUGCUUUGUACAGUUUGUACAGCGCUGCUGACACAACAGCAGCAGGUAUGAGCUGAGCUCUCUGGUACCCUACCUAUGAGCUGUUGUCUUCUAAAGCAAAUACAGUAAAAAAAAAACAAAAA